AUUGCUGUUAUUUUCUGUCUCCAGGUGCAUGAUGACCCUACUGUGCUGUAGCUGUCACAGCUAGUCAGGUGCUGCACCAUGGCCAAACCUGGGAGCGACAGAGAUGGAGCCAUGGUGGAUAAGCAGGCGGGGAAGAAGAGCAAAGAAAAGCUGUCUCCUUUCACCAAAACUCCGAAGCUGGACCGGAGUGAAUUGCUGGGGAAGGAAGGGAAAACCAAGUCUUCCAUGAAGCGCAAGCUCUCCUUCACAACCAGCCCGCCCCGGACAGAAGAGCGAGACUCAGACACUGAUGACUCAGACCCAGGCCAAUCCACUGAGACCUGGGGAGAGAGAUUAGUGCCUCCCUGCAGGAUAUACGCAGAUAAAGAUGGACCAGACAAGAAGAAGAUGAAAAAGGAGGCUGGGGGCAAAAAGUCCCAGGCUCCCAACCUUUUGUUUGGGUAUCCUCUGUCAGAGCGCAAACAGAUGGCUCUCCUAAUGCAGAUGACUGCCAACAGUCCAGACUCUACACCAAGUCACCCUUCUCAGACGACCCCUGUGCAGAAGAAAGUGCCCAGCAGCGCCUCAUCUCGGCAGAAGGACAAGGUCAACAAGAGGAAUGAGCGCGGGGAGACGCCCCUUCACAUGGCAGCCAUCCGGGGAGACGCCAAGCAAGUGAAAGAGCUCAUUAGCCUCGGUGCUGAUGUCAACGUCAAAGACUUUGCAGGUUGGACUCCUCUCCAUGAAGCCUGUAAUCUUGGUUACUAUGAGGUGGCCAAGGUCCUUAUAGCAGCAGGUGCAGAGGUGAACACGCAGGGUCUGGAUGAUGACACUCCCCUACAUGAUGCUUCCAGCAGCGGGCAUAAAGAUAUAGUAAAACUGCUACUACGCCAUGGUGGAAAUGCCUUCCAGGCCAACAAGUGUGGGGAGCGCCCGGUGGAUGUAGCAGAUUCCCAGGAGCUGGAGCAGCUAUUAAAGGGAGAGGUACCGCUGUCGGACCAGGAUGACAGCUCUUCAGAGUCUGAAGACCCGCCAUCUGUCAAUCCAUCCAGUGUAGACGACAACAUGGGAGAUUCUGAUGCAGAAAAAGACUCGCAUGGCAAAAAUGCCACAAAAGCAUCAGCUUCUGUGCCAGGGCUGGACGAGUACGAGUUCAAAGACGAGGAAGAGGAGGAGGAUCUCAGUAAAGCCCUGAACGACAGACACAUCCUCCGGAGGGAACUCCGGCAGCGGGAGAAGGAGGACAAAGAUAGGAAUCAUGUGGCAGGAAAGCAGACUGGCAAGGGUGAUUCCUCUAACUCCAAAAAGCAGAAGACCUCUCGUGUCCACUGCAACUCCGAUACCUCUAGUGAUGAAAUGGAGAGCCUUUCAGAGAAAAGGAAUUCCCCAACCUGCUCUCAGAGCACAGAGAGCCUCAAGGCAGAUACGAGGUCUAAAAAGGACAAUGCUGAGCAAAAGGACAAGGGCAAAGUUAAGAGAAAGAGCAAGAGCCAGAAUAAAAAUAAGGAAAACCAAGAGGAUGGGAAAGAGAACAGUAAAACCUUGGUCCUCUCUCUUGCAACUGUGUCGGAGAGUACAGAGAAAGGUUGGGAGGAAGACUCCUUCAAGAUGUCUUUCAGUCCUAAAGAUGACUCAUCUGUCCACCUCUUCCAUUUAUCAUCUAUCAAAUCUCCCAAAAUGAACCACAACCUGACAGAUAAACAAACACCACUCAAACAGGAAAAUACUAAGAUGUGUUUCUCCAUCAGUGAUGGCUCCUGUCCAGUGGACAGUGUCAAAUACAACCACUACACAGAUGCAGACUACUGCACCGAAAGCUCCAGCACCAAGGGGUGUAAGCACAAAGAAAAGAGCAAACAUCAACAGAAAGACUCCUGCAUAGAUGUAGAUGAUGGUCAUUUGAGUCCUUAUAAAGAUGGCAGCAUAGGAAACAGUAUAGACAGCACUGAAGGUGCCUUAUGGAAAAUGGACUUGGAUGGCAAAGUAGUAAAGAAGCAUAAGCUUAAACACAAGGAGAAAGACAAACACAGGAGGGAAUAUGAAGCAGAGCGGAGCCGCCACAGGCAGAAGGAGACCAGAAAGGAUGGCCACAGGAAUUUGGAGUUUGACAGGGAGUUCUGGAAAGAAAAUUUUUUUAAAAGUGAUGAGACAGAUGAACUUCUGCCAGUGAAAAAAGAAGGUGAAGACACCAACUCACUUCAGAAGACCUCUGAUUUCUCUCCUGUCAAAGAUGAGAGGAACACAAAGGAGAAAAACACCAGCAGCAAGGAGAAGAGGCUGAGAGAGGAGAGAGAAAAAGACAAGACUGUGAAAAAAGAGCGAAAGGAGGCUGCUGGUAAAGAGGAGAAGGUAAAGGAUUCAAAGCUGGCUGAGCGUGACGAGAGGGCGGACUGCCAUAGCUCAGGGCGUAUUCCUGAGGAGUCACUGCAGAGCAGCAGCAUGAAAGAAGAGACAGAAGAGAAACCCAUAUGUGGGAUCACAGCUGAUCAAGAACAGUUGGAACCCUCAGAAAAAGGUUUGCGUGAAAAAACCGACAAGAGGCUCCCAGGAAAGGAGAAGGAUUCUGAUAAAAUGGAGAAAAGGCAUCUUGACAAGGAAAAAAAGGUCAAAACAGAGCACUCUGAAAAAGCUGAACCACAGAAUUCAGUGGAUCGUUGGAAGGAAAAAGAAAGAGCAGGGUCCAUUUCUUCCCACUUGCCUGGAGAUAGAAAUUACAAAGAGAAUGAAAAACUGAAAUCUUUAUCCACAGCAAAAAAGCAUGAAGACAGCAGGAAAACUAAAGAGAAGUUUGACAAACGGUCUGAUAGAGAGAGGCAAGACAGAGAAUAUGGUGCUGGGGAAUUCAGAGAAAAGGACCGCACUAACUCUGAUAAGAAAGGUAAAACUCUGGAGAAGACCACAGAUCAUAGUAAAUCUGAUCGCUCCAAAGAAAAAGACUGUGACAGGAAGAAGAGAGAGAAAAUAAAAGAUGGGGCUCUUUCCUCAAGUUCUAAUCUGAAAUUACUUUUAGAAGAGAAGAAGAGCUACCUGUCUGAAAGCAGUAAGUCUUUAUCUAUAAAAUCUAAGGAAGAAGUUGUGCGAACGCCAGAGAAGGAUCGUGAUCGAAGAGACUCAGAUAGACACAAGGAUAAAGACAGGCACAAAGAGCGCUCUCAGCAGGCCAAGAUUAACAAGACGAAGCCCAACGAGACAGAUGUAGACAAGGCCAAAUCAAAAGCCUCACCAGCAGCAGGAGGCACCAGGCCAAAAGAGAAAAGACUUGUGAACGAUGACUUGAUGCAGACUAGCUUUGAGCGCAUGCUCAGCCUGAAGGACCAGGAGAUUGAGCAGUGGCAUAAAAAACACCUGGAGAAAAUCAAACAGAAAGAGCGGGAAAGGCUUAAGCAGCGGCCUCUGGUAGAUCAUGGGAAAUCCAAGCCUAAAGACAGAACAAAGACUGAACCGUGUCUGAAUAAGGAGCUAAUGCGCUCCAAAAGCUCUGAAGCCUCAGAUGUCCACAGCAGAGACAAAUCUCUUAAGGACGGCACCAGCCCCAGAACAAUAUCUCUCGAUGGAAAGUCAAGUCUGCCCUCCAUCAACGCGAAGGUCAUGUCGGUUGUGGAAAACUGUCUGACCAGAUCACCCAGACCAGACAGUGAACGCUGUGGCCUCAUGUCCAGAUCUGUGUCCCUAGUCUCUGUAGCCAGCUCAGAGGACUCCUGUCAGGCCACAACAUUAACACCCAGAAACACUGAAUAUGACUCAGAUGUGAACCUGGAAGCCUCAGACUCUCAACCUGCAUUCCUCCAGUCUUCCCUUGUCAUUCAGGCCACCAGAUCGCCAUCUGUUCAUGAUAAAGAUUCAAGCGGUCUUCCAGAUGUGUCACAGAGUAAUCAGACACUGAUGUCUGGCAGACAUGAAUCUCCGUACCUCAGGGCUAUUCUGGACGAGGACACCAACUCUUUGACUGAAGGCAAAGCUGUCGAAAACCUGUCAAAAUCCAGCCUACCCGCUGAGGAGCUGAGAACAAGGGAGGCCUCGGUAGAAAUGGAAGAGAGCCUUAGUAAUCAACUUAGUAUGAAUUCAGAGGUUGAUGCAGUCACAGAGAGAGAAGUAACUACUCUUGGCUGCUCCACACCACAAAUGUUAAACAAAGAUCCUUUGAGUAAAAACCUAACACUUCCACAAUCCAGUCUCUCACAAUGUAGUGGCUCCCAAACUGGGUCAGCAGAGCAGAAAGUUUGUCCCUCCUCUGACUCUCCUGUUGUGAAGGACAUCCAGAGUGUGACGGAGAAUUCACAGGCAGAAUGUAGCAACAAGGAAUGUGAUCAGUCGUCAGUACCGACAGUUUCUCUGUCCACUGAGCUGUCAGCACUCUCAAACACAAAGACCUUCCAGCUGCAAGAACCACUCCCAUCUUCUGGUGUGGAGAGCCAGCAGCAGACAGAAGCAGGUACCACACAGGAUUCUGACCACAAAGAGAAACUCUUGGAGCACACAGAAAGACCAGAAGAAGAAAGCAGCACGGAAACAGUCCCUGAAAGCUUUACAACAGAAAGGGUGGGAAGUCCUGUUGCAUCAACCAGCUCACACGUUCCGAGCUCCACAACUGGUGAGUCCUUGCCAGGUUUCAACAAAACUAACACAGAGUCCAAAUGUUCUCAAGAGGAUAUGGAGGUAAAUGACCAUGGCUGCAAGAAGUCGAGACCUUCCAGUGACACUGCAGGCCAAUGUCUUGAUGGUCAUGUGGAGAAAAUGGAUAGCAUGACUUGUGUGAGCCCUGAACACAAGUCUGAAGAGGUGACUGACUCCCUACAGAGCUCAGACAGCAACAGUGGUGCAGCUGUUUCUGUCACAACAGAGGGUUCAGUCGAGGGUAGUACAGCUACAGAGGGCUUGUCUGAAUCGAAAGCCGAGGCCACCUCAGAGCCGAUCGAGGCGACGCCUGCUGACGAGAAACCAGAGUCAUCUUGUUCGUCAGCUGUAGAAGAGCAAAGCUCCAUCCAGCCAGCAGCUCAGACUGAUAGCAGCAGUGCUUCAGGGUGUUCCUCUCCACAAUCUGGAGACCGGGAAUCUGAUUCUUCAGGAGCUGGGCUCAAGGUUCGCUCUGCAGACGAAGAAAUGGAUGUUCAUGUUCCCCAUCCACGCAAGCGAAAGAUGCCUAAAGUGUCGACCUCCCAGCCGUUCUCCACAACUCAGCAGGAGAGAGAGAGAGGCCAGCAGUCUUUGGCUGCAAUUGUGGACUCUGUGAAGCUGGAGGAGAUUCAGCCCUACCAGACAGAGAGGGCCAACCCUUACUACGAGUUCCUGCACAUACGCAAGAAGAUCGAGGAGAAGCGCAAAGUGUUGUGUAGUGUCACCCCCCAACCACCACAGUAUUAUGACGAAUACGUGACCUUCAACGGAUCCUACCUCUUAGAUGGAAACCCACUCAGCAAACUCUGCAUACCAACAAUAACUCCACCGCCGUCUCUACCUGAGCAGCUGAAAGAGAUGUUCAAACAACAAGAGGUCGUCCGCAUGAAACUACGACUACAGCACAGCAUUGAAAGGGUUUGUAGUUUUAUUUCAAACGAGCAGGAAGUCUUACGGGUCCAUUACCGGGCUGCGAGAACACUAGCCAAUCAGACUCUGCCUUUCAGUGCCUGUACAGUUCUACUGGAUGCUGAAGUGUACAACAUGCCUCAAGAUGUCCAGAACGACGAUGGCAAGACGUCAGUAAGAGACAGAUUCAACGCCCGGCAGUUUAUGUCAUGGUUACAAGAUGUCGAUGACAAGUUUGAUAAGCUGAAGACAUGUCUUCUGAUGAGGCAGCAGCACGAGGCGGCAGCACUGAACGCCGUGCAGCGCCUGGAGUGGCAGCUCAAACUGCAGGAGCUCGAUCCGGCCACCUACAAGUCCACCAGCAUCUUCGAGAUCCCCGAGUUCUACAUCCCGCUCGUGGAGGUCAAUGAUGACUUUGACCUCACCCCAAUAUGAGCUGUAGGACAGACGUGCUAUCACGGGCACGAGCCGCUGCCCGCACUUUUGAGAAAAAGGAAAGAAAAAUGUGAAGCACUUAGAAUGUGGUGGUCAUACCAAAUAGCACUUAGACGAUUUUACUCCAGAGCUCUGGCAGUCCAAACAGGCACACCUACCGCCAGGACUGGGGAUAGGGCUGACCAGGAAGAGGGGGUCCAGGCCACAGACAAAGCCCAGGGAGCAGAGACCAAACGCUGGGCCGGGAGCUGCAGCAGGAAGCAGAAGUGUUGACAAAACCACCUGCGAGUGCUCCUCAUCAAGCAGGGUCACACAACUGAAAGAAUUCAACAGCUUUCAGGGUGAGUGUUCAUACAUUGUGUACAGACUGUGCUCUUAAUUUUUUUAACUUAUUUUAUACAUAAAAAAUUGUGCAUUUGUAAAUAGCCAUGUAAUUAUUGUUUUAAACUUGUAAAAACAAAAAAUAAUAGAUAUUUUGAUUGUAAACUUGUUCCGUCUUAUGUUUUAAUGGACCAAAGUUGGUUUUUAUAUCAAGUGUCCUCUUUGUCUGUGACGUUGUUGUUGUUCUUGUUGUUGCUGGCUUAAGCAUGUUAGUUUUUUGUUUUGUUUUUGCUGUUUCUUCCUUCGUCAUCUGGAGUUCCACGCCACAGCUGGUGUUAUUUGACUUUGGCAUUUAAAUGCUGUGCAUGCGUUGCAUUGUUUGUACUCUUUUCCUAAAAAAGCUAUACUGUGGACUUAAUUGUGAGGUUUACUGAAGUGUUCCAGCUUUUUUUUGCACCAUUGUGUUAUGUCCUUAAUGUGGCCUCACUCUUCAUGUGUCGUCCACUGUUUCUCACGUAUAUUAAAGUCUGUUGCAGCUUCCAAGGAAGAAAAAAAACAUACUUUUACAGUUUCAGUGUGAGAUCACAACAAAUCCUAUUUUUUCAACAUAAUGCUUUUUGAACGAUAGUUCUAAAAAAUGUCUAUUUUAAUAUUUACUUG